AUGAAAUAAUAGCAACCCACCAUCCAAACAAAGUGUUAAGAAGGGGAAAACACUUUUAAGACAUUCGAAAUAUUUAGUGAAAUUUUGCUAUAACUUAACAAUUAAAUUUCUCGGUGAUUUUUUGUGGCAGUCGGUUGGAUAUGAAGCUUUUAGAACAGAUCAUCAAUUCAUUUCCUCUUUUAAUCUUUCAUCAAUUUACCUAAAUCUUAUCGUCAAACUUUGUCACAAAUUGUACUUGUAUAAACUUCACACACACACACACAGUGAAUACUGAAAUAGUGUACCAUAAAGUUGGAUUCUUGAUUUGGGAGUUUGGGACCAACUCCUCUAUUUCUCACUUUCUCUUUCUUGUUUCCUCCUUUUUAGGAAAUACCCUUUUGGUUUUUUCACCUCAAAAACUUGUCUUUGCUGUUGUACUCUUUAAUGUUGCCUGAAAUGGGGUCAGAAGGAUCAUCAAGAGUUGUAGUCCCGAGGAAUUUCAGAUUAUUGGAAGAGCUUGAAAGAGGUGAAAAAGGAAUAGGGGAUGGAACUGUUAGCUACGGGAUGGAUGACGCAGAUGAUGUGUACAUGCAGUCAUGGACAGGAACUAUAAUUGGCCCUCCUAAUACUGUACACGAAGGGCGCAUCUAUCAGUUGAAACUAUUUUGUGGAAAGGAGUAUCCAGAUCAGCCACCUGGUGUGAGGUUCCAGUCCAGGAUUAACAUGAGCUGCGUAAAUUAUGAAACUGGUGUGGUAGAGCCAAGUCUCUUCCCCAUGUUGGCUGACUGGAAGAGGGAAAACACAAUGGAGGAUAUAUUGAUGCAGUUGAAAAAGGAAAUGAUGUCUCCCCAAAAUCGAAAACUAUCUCAACCUUGUGAUGGCAAUGAAGAUGGCCGGGUGGAUCAAAAAGGCCUAGUUGUGAAAUGCUGCAUUAUGUGAGUUUUGAUAAAAUACUGAAAGAUAAUAAUAAUGUAUAUAACUUACUUUAAUACGUAGACGAUUCCAGAGUAUCUAAGCAUGUAUAAGUAUGUGUAUGCUUUGUAUUUCUUAUUGAAUCCUCCUUCAAUUAUGGGAUGGAUUGAUGUUUAAUGCCAAUUGCCCAACACUGUGAAUAAGGCUAACUAUAGUUUUCUCA